UUGUGGAGCAGAAUGGCUUCGUCACGAAAAAAGCAAGAUGAGAAGAACUUAAAAACGUUACGCGAACUGGGGGCGCAGCCCCAGAACAAGUACUGUUUCGACUGCAACCAGCGCGGCCCCACGUACGUCAACAUGACAAUCGGCUCGUUUGUGUGCACCAAGUGCUCCGGAAUGCUACGCGGUUUGACGCCGCCACAUCGCGUCAAAUCGAUCUCGAUGGCCACAUUCACGUCGGAAGAGAUCGAACUGUUGAAAAAUCGCGGCAACGACUACUGCAAGAGUGUGUGGCUGGGCUUGUACGAUGGCACUUUACCGGGGGCCGAGUACAGGGACGAACAGGCCGUCAAGGACUUCAUGGUCGAUAAAUACGAAAGGAAGAGGUAUUACAUGGAGCCGGCCCAAGCCCUCAAGAACGGAUACACGAAAACGGAAAAAGUGAAACCGCUGACGACGCUCGUUUCGGACCCGAAACCGAUCAAAUUGAACGGAAACGCGACGGAAUUUAAUAGAAAAAGGCCAGAGCCCGGCAAGAAUCAUUCGUUUGCUGUCGAUUUCGACAAUGCUGAUAUCUUCGCUUCCAACAACAAUAACACAACGACAACGCAAGAGACUUUUGCCAAUUUUGACGAUAAUCCCGUUUUCAACAGCAAAAUGAACAAUGCAACGGAUCAGUUCAGUAUAUUUGAUUUGAAAUUCACGAAUUCCGGUCCAGUCUUAAACCAAGUGCCUCUCUUUCCCAAGUGCAAUACAAACCGAUGGAGUAUGCCGACGCCGACUUUCGACAAUUUUAAUUUAGCACAAUCAAACAAAGUACCUGCAGCCCCGCCCGAAGACAAGUACGCCGCCCUCAAAGACCUCGAUAACGCUUUAAAGACGCAAAAUGCAGUCGAUUGGAAUUCGUCAGGUUCCAAUGGGUCGUUGUACAGCUCUCCAACACCCACCGGCUCCAUGUACAGUUCACCAUCUCCGCAAAGUUCCAUGUUUGGGUCGCCUAGUCAAGGUCAGUUUAUGAACGCGUUCCAGAAUCAGGAUACGUUCUCGAAUCCCUUCAAUGGCAUGAAUUGGGGGAGUAAUGGAAAUUUCGGACAGAAUCUCGCCAAUCCCUUCCGUGAACCGCCGGUUAGAGUCAACGGUUUCGCCCAGAACUUCCAGCCCAUGUUCCCGGUCGCUGCCAACGGGGGCGCAUGGGGGGCCAACCCCUUCAAGGUGGGUGCCACGGCUAAUGUGAAUUCCAACAAUCCAUUUUUAUGAGUUGUGUAGUCAACGAGCAACGUAAUUUUAAUCUGCUUUAAGUUUCUCUCUUUCUCUCUGCCGAUUGGACAAGUUCCGUUAUUUAUAGUAGAAGAAUCCACAAGUAGUGAAGUGUACGUAAAUUAUUUCUUCCUUUGAAUUAAUCCACCAACUGAUCUAUUUAUUUAUUUUUUGCCUAUUAUAACAAUGUAUCAAAGUCAAAACCAAAAAUGCUUUUUGUCUUUUAUAAUAUAGCUACGUAAACUAAGAAUGUAACGUUAAGUAAUGUUAAAGUAGUAGUUAAUACGCUUACAAGAAAUCAAACCGUUAGGUUGCCUUCUGUUAUGAUGAACAACUAGAAUGAACAAUAAUUUUGUGUAUAUUUAUUUAUCGUGCGUUGGACUUUUUUUAAUUGGAAAGUGGCCUUGAUAGGUUUACGAGACUGUCUUUUUUAAUAUGUGUAACGAUAGCUUCUUGAUUUUGUUUUGUAAUAAAACUAUUCUUAAUUGAUUGACGAUGUUCUGUGAUAAAAGAUGCUUCAAUGCAAAUCAACUUGUAUUAGUGAAAAUCGAAAUUUGGUGUUUUUUUUUUCUCUCCUCCGUUACAUCUCGUGAACGAUGUGAAACAGACUCUCCGUCCCGGUUAAAAUAAUAAUAUUAAGUCGAGCACAAUUUAUGCAAUGUAUAUUGUUGUCAAAAGGUUGUGUAAAUACAUAAAGAA